UUGAGUGUAGUUUCAUUUGUUUCAAAUCGCACCCACGUAUCGCUAGAUGCGUUUGCGAUGGAGCGUGUUUGAAAAUUCUUGGCGACUACACAUGCGAAGCUGUUAUGGAUUGUCCUGAAUGAACAUCUGAAAAAAAAUUAAAAUAAAUAAAUAAAUCGCAGCUCUAUUUCCACCUGAAAUUCUGCAACCCGCGCAAGUCUCUGUCCGCGGUCCUGAAACGGGAGCUCGGCUUCAACCUAAACAGUCACUGUCGGGGAAAAUGAUCAACUCGUCUGUAUGCUCUUGAGAUGUUUUUUUUUUUUUUUUUUUUUUUUCUUCUUUUUUUUUCUCCCCCUUUUUGGUAAUCUCAGACAAGCAAAGGACGAAUUGUUCACCUCAGAAGUGAGAGAAGGAAUUGUUGGGUGCACUGAGCUGUAGCUAACUACAUCUACUCAUCUCUAUCCUGACACAAUGUUCGCACUCGGGAUUUAUUUGUGGGAAACUAUUGUGUUUUUCAGCUUGGCAGCAUCACAACAAGCAGCGGCUCGGAAAGCUGCCACCCCCAUGCCCCCAUCAGAAUUCCUGGAUAAGCUUAUGGGAAAAGUGUCCGGUUAUGAUGCAAGAAUCAGACCUAAUUUUAAAGACCCACAAGGCUCCAAAUCGGAUGGUACUCACAAGAAAGGUCCACCUGUGAACGUAACAUGCAACAUUUUUAUCAACAGUUUUGGAUCCAUUGCUGAAACAACAAUGGAUUACAGAGUGAACAUUUUCCUGAGACAGCAGUGGAAUGACCCUCGGCUGGCCUACAGUGAAUACCCCGAUGACUCACUUGACCUUGAUCCCUCCAUGUUGGACUCCAUUUGGAAACCCGAUCUGUUCUUUGCCAAUGAAAAGGGAGCCAAUUUUCACGAGGUUACCACUGACAACAAGCUUCUAAGGAUCUCAAAAAAUGGGAAUGUCUUGUACAGUAUAAGAAUAACACUGAUUUUGGCCUGCCCCAUGGACCUGAAGAAUUUUCCUAUGGAUGUGCAGACCUGUAUAAUGCAGCUGGAGAGCUUUGGCUACACGAUGAAUGAUCUCAUAUUUGAGUGGGAUGAGAAAGGAGCUGUGCAGGUAGCAGACGGUCUGACGUUACCUCAGUUUAUACUAAAGGAAGAGAAAGAUUUGCGCUACUGUACCAAGCACUAUAACACAGGGAAGUUCACCUGUAUAGAGGCUCGUUUUCACCUGGAAAGACAGAUGGGCUAUUAUCUGAUCCAGAUGUACAUCCCCAGUCUCCUGAUCGUCAUUUUGUCUUGGGUGUCCUUCUGGAUUAACAUGGAUGCUGCUCCUGCUCGUGUAGGCUUGGGCAUUACUACUGUGCUGACCAUGACCACCCAGAGCUCAGGAUCAAGAGCCUCUCUUCCGAAGGUCUCCUAUGUGAAAGCAAUUGACAUUUGGAUGGCUGUGUGCCUACUCUUUGUCUUCUCUGCCCUGCUGGAGUAUGCAGCUGUCAACUUCAUCGCACGCCAACACAAGGAGCUGCUGCGCUUCCAGAGGAGGAGAAGACAUCUUAAGGAAGACGAUGCAGGAGACGGCCGAUUCAGCUUCGCCGCCUAUGGCAUGGGCCCGGCGUGCCUGCAGGCCAAGGACGGCAUGGCCAUCAAGGGGAACAACAACAACGCACCCACCUCUGGCAAUCCCCCUGAGAAGACCGUGGAGGAAAUGCGCAAGCUCUUCAUCAGCCGCGCUAAGCGGAUCGACACAGUGUCGCGUGUGGCUUUUCCACUGGUCUUCCUCAUUUUUAACAUUUUCUACUGGAUCACUUACAAGAUCAUUCGCAUCGAGGAUGUCCACAAGCAGUAAAGAGAUGAAAAGGGGAGUCGUAUCUGAAUACACCUGCUUCCAUGCUCCUCCCCAUAACUUCCUUCGCCCGCCUCUCUCUUUCAAUACAGUGCACACUUGCUUUUGGUGAUGAUGAGCCCCUGGCAGAGGUAUUUAUUCUUUUUUUCGUCUCUUUCUCUUCUCUCCUGUCCUUCUGAAUAAUCCGGACCUGUGCAAUAGCAAUGCAGUAAAAUGCAUGAUAUAUGAAUGUGGCAAUAUAUUUACACAAAAAAAUGAAAUGACUAAAGUAAAUAUUAAAACUUUACAAAACAUGUCUAAGAACUUCUGAACCAAUGACUGGAAAUCCAAGAGGAGAUGCUCUUGUAAAACUCUUUUUUGCAACUUGAAGACAUACUGCAUUGCGAGAAUAUGGAGAAACAUUAUCGCUGUGUAAUAUAUCAUAUAUUUAAAUGAUAAUACUUCCAUGCGAAAGUCUUUAAAAAGCAUUUUUCGAGGUUUCAGGGUGGUUUGGGGCUUCCAUGUGUAUACAAUGAAAAUGUUGCAGGUCCUGUAGACCAAGAUUUGCUUCGAAAUGUGUAUUACAAGCACUUGUCGAAACUUUCCUGGGGUCUCAUGAUGUUUAUUCUGAUAUAAAUUAUUAAUGGAAUCUAAAUGAGUGCCAGUCAAAAAAUAAUAAUAUUUAUUUAAGCUGUGGUCAAUGUUUUCCUCUAUCUGUGUUCAUUUGCCUAUUCUUCUUUUUGUUUUCAACAUCAGAUUAUAUCACUGUCCAUGUGCCAAACAUCAUGUUGCUGUAAUACAUCUUACUUUCAGGUUGACCAAAAAAUGAGACAUCUCACUUGCAUUCUUCAUUGUUUUGUUUUAUUUAUUUAUUUAUUUAUUCAUUCAUUAAUUCAUGUGUCCACACUUUUUCAAGGGACUCUGUAUUGAAAAUAUUCAACACUGAAAUAACCCUGCUGAGGGAUGGGUGGGGAAAAAAAUAAAAAAUAAUUCAAGAAACACAUUCUUUUUAGUGUUUUCUCUCUCUCUCUCUAUCUCUCUCUCACUCUUAGUGCAUUCUUUUGUUUUGUCAUUUUCGUCACAUCUCAGAAUGCAAUAGAAACGGACACAGAAAUAAAAUGCAAAGGGAUCUUUCAUAAAUCAUGACAUAUUUUAUAGAGUACAUAUUGUUAACAGCUGAAAGUGUUAUUUUUAUAAGCUUGGUUACUUAACAGUACAGCCAGUGCCAUGAUACACCUAGACCUACAGUAUAUUUCAAACCAAAUGUAUAUUACAGAUUUUUCAAACUGUAUGUAUAAAUGCAUAGUACAUUGCGCAGCAGAUGGAAUAAGUGCACAUAGGUUCCAUUUAUGAAAUUUAGAAUGCAUCUUCAUCUGGCUUCUCUAUGCAAUAAUCAUAUAUGCAAUUGUUUUAAGUGUUUAUCAUGUCAAAUAUGGGCCUAAAAAUAUGCUAUUUAUUAUUUCUUUCAGUCAUACUCACUUGCAGACUUGAUCGUUGAAAAAAAGGGGUUGGAAAAAUAUUGUCUAUGCAUGGCCAGGUUUUUAUUUAUUUAUUUAUUUAUUUUAGGUUCAGAUGUAAUAGAUGUCAUUUUUCACUUUUGUAAUGUUUUGUUGGGCUGCUAAAGAAAUCCACCAUUGAAAAAAAAAAAAAAAAAAAAAUAUGUGCAUGUGUCCAGGGCAAAAGAUGAUUUCUGUAGGCUAUAAUAGCAUUUGCUAUAUGUAACUCUUUAUUUAUUUAUUUAUUUGUUUAUUUUUUAUCAUUUUGUUUUUAAAACCAAAGAGCAAUUCUUUUUAUCUAUUGUCAAUGCCUUUCGGUUUUUAAACCGUUUAUGUCAGUUUCACAUUUAUGAGAAAUGUGAUUUUCUUAUGUCUCCAUUUUCUGUUUCAUCCUGAUGCAAUUUGAUCCUGUAAAACUAUGGCCUUUGAUUUGUAAAACCUAUGACCUUUGUAAUUUAUUCUGGUUUUCUCAUGUUUGUUGAAGAAAACCUACAAAAUUAAGAAAUAUCAUAUGAGAACUUUAUACUCAACAACCAGUAAGACAUUUUUUGACUAUUACCAGAAUGGUAGUGACCACCAAGAAAUAUGAAAAACCAUCUAGGUCAAAUUAAUAGUUUACUAAUGUUUUGGUGCAAGUGAGAUUUUAUUGUGAGAUAACGCUUUUUGGUUAAGAUGGAAGUUUAGAGUUAAUUGAUAACUAAUGCCUCUACCUGUUGGCACAUUUUGUUGCUUCCCCAUGCUUGAGUAGCAUGGAAGAGCAUUUAAAUGACUAGGCAUCAUGUUAAAUUUGAAGGGCUUUUUUUGAGUAUCAAGAUCAAAUCCUCUCCCCUAACCUUGUAAAACAGUAUUGGCAUACAUGUGUUCUGAAAGCUGUUUUCUGUCUCAGCAAGAUAAGUAAACUCAAUUAAAACACUGGAUUUUACUGUAUAUCAGAACUCUAUUUAGGAUGCAUCACACUGACGCAGAAGCUGAAUUUCAAGGAGGGAAAACAUUGUAAUGUGAAACAUAAUCCACAAGCUUUACCUCCAACAGCAGCACAAUGUAGCAAGACAGCAUUUCAACUCAUCUUUUGAAUCAUUGCAAAUCUGUAACAUUCUAGACAAUGUUAAUCAUGAUUAUUUUACAUCGUCACCAAACUAGUCAUUUUGAGUGAUAGAGAUGUGUGAUGUAUAAUAUACAUCAUAGUGUACAGUGUGAAAUGUAAUAAUGUUGCUUUUGAUGUGCUCAUACUUGAUGCAGACUUUGAAAUUGGAUGACUCAAAUAUGUUUUCAAAAACACAUUUAAAGUAGAAAUAUUGUUCAGCUUAAUGUUGCUGUUAAUUACAAAUUUCUUUAGCGACAAACCCUGCUUAAGGCUAUUUACGAUGUUGCUGGACUGUCCCCUGUGUUAAUGACAGCAGUCAAGCCCUGGGCCCUCUCACACACUCAUGCUAAAUGCAAUUUAAAAGACGAAAACAUCUAAGAUCAAAACUGGCUCUGGAAUAUAAGGACAAUGUGAUGUGAAAUAUGUGCUACAUGCAACAAGGAUUUGUUCUUUGGCUUAAUGAUCAUGCAAAUAUCAAUUUAAUGUCCAAAUGAUUUCAGUCAAUCUAAAUUAUUGAGGCAUGAUAUUGUUUGUCAUUUGCAUUAAUUUGUCUGUUUAACCUUCUGCUUUGAAUAAUGCCACCUUGUAUUUUAUUGCAACUGCCCAAGAAAUGGAGUGACAAAUGGAGUGACAAUGGGCAUGGCGAUCAGAUGUACAAUGAUGGCCAAAAAUAUUGGUACCCUUGGUAAAUAUGAUCAAAGAAGGCUUUGGAAAAAAAUCUGCAUUGUUUAUCCUUUUGAUCUUUCAUUAAAAAAAUUACAUAAAUCUAACCUU